CAUGGCUUUCCCUCUCCUCCUCCUCCUCCUCUUCCUCUCCGCCCCCUUCGCGGCGGAAUCGAAGCUGGACCUAGACUACUACCGGAAAACGUGCCCGGACUUCGACAGGACGGUCCGGGACAUCGUCACGCAGAAGCAGAUAUCGAACCCCACCACGGCGGCAGCCACGCUCCGCCUCUUCUUCCAUGACUGCAUGGUGGAGGGCUGCGACGCCUCCGUCUUCAUCUCCCCCAACCACGUCAACCGACACCCCGAGCGCGACGCCGACAUCAAUCUCUCCCUCCCCGGCGACGCCUUCGACGUCGUCGUUCGGGCGAAGACAGCCCUCGAGCUCACCUGCCCCGGCAUCGUCUCCUGCGCCGACAUCCUCGCUCAGACCACCCGGGACCUCAUCAUCAUGGUUGGCGGUCCCUUCUACAAGGUGAGACUUGGACGCAAGGACGGCUUCAUCUCCGAAGCAUCCCGGGUGGCAGGAAACCUCCCUUCGGUGGGCCUCACCAUGGACAACAUCAUCAAGAUCUUCGAGAACAAGGGCUUCACCGUCGACGAAAUGGUGGCCCUAACCGGCGGCCACACCAUUGGCUUCUCCCACUGCAAGGAGUUCGCCGACCGCCUCUUCCACUACAGCAAGACCACCCCGACCGACCCCGAUAUCCAUCCCAAGUUCGCCGAUGCGCUGCGGCUGACGUGCGCCAACUACGCGACGGACCGGAGCAUGGCGGCCUUCAACGACGUCAUGACGCCCGGGAAGUUCGACAACAUGUACUACCAGAACCUGCAGAGAGGGCUAGGGCUACUGAAGACCGACAACGCGCUUGUCAAGGACCCGAGGACGAAGCCCGCGGUCGACCGGUUCGCCGCCGACCAGAAGGCCUUUUUCGAGGCCUUCUCUCACGCCAUGGAGAAGCUCAGCGUGCUUGACAUCAAGACCGGCCCCAAAGGAGAGGUUAGAAGGAGGUGCGAUGCUUUCAAUUCGAUUCGGACUUAGAGAAUGAAAGAAAAACGACAACAAAAAGAUAGAAGAUUGGUUUUAUGGUUUGUGGUUUGUGAUGAU